CCGCGGCGGUGUGAGUAGGAGGAGGAACGGCAAGAGCUGCGCGGAUUAGCGGCGGCGCGCAGCUCGGGUGCCAGCUGAGGGGGGUCUCCAUGGCGAUGGCGCGUGUUUGGGAAGGCUCCUCUGUUUUCCCGUCCCUUGGUGGUGGUCGUCGCCGUCGCCGUCCUCCUACGGCUGCAGCCCCGCUCGGAGCGCACGGGAUGUAAGAGGGAGGCGCUGCCGCGGAAGGGAACUUCGCCCAGAGCAGCUCACUUAGUUUUCAUCAGAAUACUUGGAAUAACUUAAUGUGGACUGGUGCUACCAUCUGUUCCAAGAUCUGCUUAUUCUUUAAAGGUGAAGGAAAAGGUUCCAGUUUGGCAUCAUCUUGCUUCCAAUAUCAGCAGCAGCUUUGUUCCUUGAUCAAUGUGACAGUUUGGAAAGCUUUAGCAGCUGACGAAAUGAUUGAAAGUCGUGGAAAAUAUGAUUUCUACAUUGGUCUGGUGUUGGCAAUGAGCUCUAGUCUUUUCAUUGGAGGGAGUUUCAUCCUGAAGAAAAAGGGUCUCCUUCGAUUAGCCCGAAAAGGCUCCAUGAGAGCAGGACAAGGUGGCCAUGCUUACCUUAAAGAGUGGCUGUGGUGGGCUGGACUUUUGUCAAUGGGAGCUGGUGAAGUUGCAAACUUUGCUGCAUAUGCAUUUGCACCAGCUACGUUAGUGACCCCAUUGGGAGCCCUCAGUGUUCUUGUAAGUGCCAUUCUUUCAUCAUACUUCUUAAAUGAAAAGCUUAAUCUACAUGGAAAAAUUGGGUGUUUGUUAAGUAUACUUGGUUCAACUGUGAUGGUCAUUCAUGCACCCCAAGAAGAGGAAGUUGAAACCUUGAAUGAAAUCUCCCACAAGCUAGGCGAUCCAGGUUUUGUGGUCUUUGCAACACUCAUUGUCAUUGUAUCCUUGAUCAUGAUCUUUGUAGUGGGACCCCGGCAUGGGCAAACCAACAUUCUCGUGUACAUAACAAUUUGCUCAGUCAUUGGAGCUUUAUCUGUAUCCUGUGUAAAAGGUUUGGGCAUUGCUAUAAAGGAACUUUUUGCUGGAGAAGCUGUGCUGAAACACCCAUUGGCCUGGAUUCUGCUGCUAAGUCUUAUUGUUUGUGUAAGCACACAGAUUAACUAUUUAAAUCGGGCCCUGGACAUAUUCAACACUUCUAUAGUGACACCAAUAUAUUAUGUGUUCUUCACAACAUCUGUUUUAACCUGUUCUGCAAUCCUCUUCAAGGAAUGGCAACACAUGGCAGCUGAUGACAUCAUUGGCACAUUUAGUGGCUUUAUCACUAUUAUAGUGGGGAUAUUUUUAUUGCAUGCCUUUAAGGAUGUCAGUGUUUCCCUAUCAACUUUGCCUGUGACACUGCAUAAAGGUAAAGAAAUAAAUGGCUGUCUGCCAAACACCUAUGAACUAUUUAAUCAUGAUGAAGAAAGUGCAAGCCGCAUAAGUGACCUACAAUCCCCUGAUGGAAUAUCUUCCAGGAGAAAUGGAAGCCUGUCAGCAUCCUAAAAAGACCAAUUCUGUAACUUUUGUUUCAUUGUGAAAAGCCAGUUUUAAAGCAUUUUUCAAACAGAUGUAUUUAAAUAGUACUAUAGACAAUCAUUUGUUUCUAGGUUUGACUAGCUUGGACCAAGAGCAGUGUGGAUUUUUAUUUGCCUUACUCUUAAUUUAAAAAUACUAAAGAACUUCACUCUGUUUUUUGCUUCGCUUAGUAUGAACAUGUAAAUAUUCCAUUUUGGUUUAAGACUUCUUGCACUAAUGACAAUUUUAACAAAUAAAAUGCUUUAUUUCUGA